GUUAUACUUACUGAACGCAGCGCAGCGCCUGUGCUCGUCUUACUGUAGAAACCCACUGUUGUGCUGUGGAACUCCCAUUCAUCGACUUUCGCACACCCCGGCAGAGUGCGCGCGUGCACACCCGCUUCCCCGAAAGCACUUUGCAAGGCCAAGAAGUUGCGGGGCAGCACGCGGUUGUGGGCGCAUUGCAUUGUUCCCGUUUCAGGAAAUACUUCGACACGCGACGCGAUCGGACAGACGCGCCGUGGUCACGCCCGUCAAGCGCCUUGUCCCGCACGCCCAGCAGCGUGCGCAUCUCACUGAAGCAGAGUACUCGCGGUGCCUCUGGCUUGAUCACGCAUAGCAAACGCGCUGGAUAGGAGGGGUCUGCUUGCGAACAGUGUCAAGAUGGACCCCAUAGACCACGCUAUCGAGGAAGCCCGCACCGUUGCAAAUGUCGCUCUCCAUCGCACACCCUUUGUCCCGGACGACGCCUGCGCCCGAGUAAUCAAGGACAAGGCACAAGAGCUGCGCCAGCUCGAAGACGAGGCCAACCUGAUGAUGAUGAGCAUAUACGCGAAGCUGAAUGCGCUCCGCAAUCAGAUCACCAUCCACGAUGCGCUGACUUCCCCGUGUCGCCGUAUCCCUCCUGAGAUCCUUUCGGAGAUAUUCCUGCUCGCGGUGCCCGAACAAUGGAAGUCGCAGUACGUCGGGAGCAGGACGCUCAACUUCGCGCGAGUCUGCCACUCUUGGCGACGUGUCGCCCUCGCCACGCCUCGCCUGUGGACGACGCUCCGGUUCGCGGCCAACGUCAACCCACCUGCGACUCAUGUCGCUGCUCUCAGAGACGACCUGAUGAAGACCGCUCAGGCGCCGCUGGAGCUAGUACUCGAGAUGGAUAGAUACAGCAGUGACCCCGCUUCGGCGGAGGAGUCAUGGAGUGACGAGGCUUGGGCGUUACUGUGUGCUCAGUCGCAUAGGUGGAAACGGGCCUCAUUCGCGGGAAUACCUAUAGGUGCCUACGAAGAUCUCGCUGUAUGCGCCUUCCCUGCGCUGGAUGAUCUGUCAAUACUCCUGGACGACGGCGAUGAUGACGAGGCAGGCGUUACGAUCCGCGUGCCCAUCCACGCCUUCCAAAAUGCGCCCAAGGUCACCAGCGUCAGCAUUGAAUACCGCGCGCCAAUCCUCCCCUUCAACUUGCCCUCAAGCUGGUCUAUCACCGACCUGGGCAUUCACUGUAGCGAGGAUGAGUGCACGCUCGCGCCGAGUCUCGGUGCCAUCUUCUCCUGCAGCAGAGCUCUGCGGAGGUUGCGUCUCAGCGCGGAUGAGCCGUGCGCAAUUGUAUUGCCACCCACGAGCUUCCCGCACCUGGAGGAGCUCUAUAUAGGGGACGGUGCCAUUGUACUGUUGCAUUCCUUUACAGCCCCCGGACUUCAGACCCUGUGGAUGGGCGGAUAUUCCCAAGACGGUCCUUUCGAGGCGCUGCAAUCCAUGCUCGCGCGCUCCGGGAAUUGUCGCUCACUUCGGUCCCUCACUCUCGAGGGGCUGACCCCCGCCGGGCCUCAGGUGCUUGAUAUGAUCCCAUGCUUGCGUCGGCUCCCCUCAUUGGAGGAGCUGGAGGUGCAGAACAACGAAGAAGUUGAAGAGGUAGCGAGCCUCAUCACGCCGGACUUGUUGCGCGCCUUGAUACGGGAUCCGGGCGCGCCUCAGUCCAUGGCUUUCCUGCCGAAUCUGGCUCGACUUGCCAUUGGCUUUGGCGCUAAAGUCGAGGACGCAAAGAAUCCCGAAUAUGGCUCCCUGCUCAAGGCCUUGCUUGCGUCAAGGAGGCAGGAGACGUCGGUGGAUGGGAAAGAGCUCGCUCUGCUCCAGGCUCUUGAGACGGAUGGUCGUGGCCGGGAUUGUCGCUGGCCUCCUCGAGAUGAUGAUGAUGACUCUAUGGACACGGACUCCGACUUGUGAAAGGUAGUUUACACCACAUACGCAAUGGGCUUACUGUAGAGGAGACUAAUCUAUGAUCUGUUGGCGCACCUUACUGUCUUGUGGUAACAAGGAAGACAACGC